AUGAGCGUCGAGACCCCCCGCGUCCCCCCGUCGCCAGGCGUCGCCGCGAGGCGAAAGGGGCCUAAAGCACCCCCAAAACUCCCCUUGUCCGCGUUCAGCCCACCCAACACAGGAACCAGCGAUAAGUUCCCGUUGCCCCCCAGCCCGAGCACGGUCCACCCGGACGUGAUCAUCGAUGCCCACGUAUCAGUACCUGCCACCUACCUCGCCCAAUGGAAGCAGAGUGCUGGAGAACACCUUGGCGGCCAAUCGGGAGGUGUGGUCCUCACGUUGAAGAGCAAUGACCAGGCGCAAGUCGACCAGGCUCUGCACUUGCAAGGAUCCGGGACAUCCGAUCCUCCCGUCCUCUCGUAUCUGCUCCCAUACACUCCUGAGACAGCAUCUGUCCAAUCGCAGAUCCCAGUGGGAUACACAGUCGCCUUCACGGAGAAUACAGCCGACAGCGUCAACUCACUGAAGGAGGUGCUGAAGACCGGUCGAACAGUCGAUAUCGAUGUGAGCGUGGAUCUGAAGGACGGCGAAGCCGGCUGGGAAGCUCUCGAGGAUUACCUCACGAAAGCCACAGAGGAUGGCCCAUCGAGCAAGCUUGUUCUUUGCAGUGUUCUUCCCCCACCGCAUGACCUGACAUUACCUCUCGUCAAACUACUCACGCACCCUUCGUACAACACAUAUCAGUCACGAUGCGCUGCUUUGUCGCUGUUCCCUAAUGCCUACGUCAAGUUCCUUCCGCCUUCCUGGGAUGCGCCCACGCCGCCCACGCCUCCUCCGACGGCAGACCCACAAGCCACACAGGAUAGCAAGGAAAAGAAGGAAUGGAAGCGCCGCAUCAAGAUGUACCUUGGGCCCGCCCUCGAGGCGUUUGGUUUCGAGCGAAUCAUCUUCGGAACUUCCCCGGCCUCGGGCUCUACCGCUCAGUCGAGUGCGGGCGACUGGUACGAGCUCGCACGGGAAUCGUUCGCGGAGCUCGGCGUUGAACAAGAAGCGAUCGACGCGGUAUUUGGCGGAAAUGCGAAGCAAGUGUACGGCAAAGCUUGA